GUCCGCCCGUCCGUCCGUCCGUCCGCCCGUCCGUCCGUCCGCCCGUCCGUCCGUCCGCCCGCCCGCCCUGCCGCCCCCGGGCACCGAGCGGCGGGCACCGAGCGGCGGGGGAGGAUGCGGUGCCCGGUGCCAACGGUGCCAACGCUGGCUCCGCCGCUGCCGCUGCUGCUCCUGCUGCUGCUGCUGCUGCUGCCGGAGCUGCUCUUCCUCGUGCCCGCGCACAAGUUCUCGGCGCUCACGUUUUUGAGAGUGGAUCAAGAUAAGGACAAAGAGUGUAGUCUGGAUUGUGCAGGAUCACCUCAGAAAUCCCUCUGCGCUUCUGACGGGAGGACCUUCCUGUCCCGCUGUGAGUUUCAACGAGCCAAAUGCAAAGAUCCUCAGUUGGAAAUUGCCUAUCGGGGAAACUGCAAAGAUGUGUCUAGGUGUGUGGCAGAGAGGAAGUACACCCAGGAACAAGCCCGGAAGGAAUUUCAGCAGGUGUUCAUCCCAGAAUGCAAUGACGAUGGCACCUACAGCCAGGUCCAAUGUCAUAGUUAUACCGGAUAUUGUUGGUGCGUCACUCCCAACGGAAGGCCUAUCAGCGGUACAGCAGUGGCCCACAAAACUCCCCGAUGCCCUGGUUCUGUAACUGAAAAGUUGCCUCAACGUGAGGGCACAGGAAAAACGGUCUCCUUGCAAAUCUUUUCCAUUCUGAAUUCAGAUGAUGUUUCGGCUCCUGCGUUGGAGACACAGCCUCAAGGUGAUGAGGAAGAUAUUGCUUCUCGUUAUCCCACUUUGUGGACUGAACAAGUGAAAAGCAGGCAGAACAAAACCAAUAAAAAUUCAGUAUCUUCAUGUGAUCAGGAACACCAGUCAGCCCUAGAAGAAGCCAAACAACCUAAGAAUGAUAAUGUGGUUAUUCCCGAGUGUUCUCAUGGUGGUCUCUACAAACCCGUGCAGUGCCAUCCCUCUACAGGAUAUUGCUGGUGUGUCUUAGUUGACACAGGUCGCCCAAUUCCUGGCACCUCCACCAGGUAUGAACAACCAAAAUGUGAUAACACAGCCAGAGCCCACCCGACAAAAACAAAGGACUUGUACAAAGGUCGCCAGCUUCAAGGUUGUCCUGGAGCCAAAAAGAAUGAAUUCCUGACCAGUGUCCUAGAUGCUCUCUCCACCGACAUGGUUCACGCUGUUUCCGAUCCCUCCUCCUCUUCCAGCAGGCUUUCAGAACCGGAUCCGAGUCAUACUCUAGAAGAGAGAGUAGUCCACUGGUACUUCAAAGUACUUGACAAGAAUUCCAAUGGUGACAUUGGCAAAAAGGAAAUCAAGCCGUUUAAGAGAUUCCUGCGAAAGAAAUCAAAGCCCAAGAAAUGUGUGAAGAAAUUUGUUGAGUACUGUGAUGUGAAUAAUGACAAAUCCAUAUCUGUUCAAGAAUUAAUGGGCUGCCUUGGAGUUACAAAAGAAGAAGGUAAAGCAGACACAAAGAAACGUCAUACACCUAAAGGCAAUGCUGAAAGCAACUCCAACAGGCAGCCAAAGAAACAAGGAUGAAACAGCUUCCAUAACCAAGGCAGAUCUUUGACCUGUGGGAGAUUUCCUCACCAAAAGGCAAUAAAAACAACCAUAGUAUUUGCACUUUGUACUUUAAAUGUAAAUUCACUUUGUAGAAAUGAGAUAUUUAAACAAACUUUUUUUUAAUCUGUGAAAAUGGAACAGCUAGUUUUGAAAAAUUAAUCACAUACAAUGUAUGUGCCUUCUUUUGACCUUUGAACUCUGUACUUGGUGAAGAUGUAUCAGUUUGCAUUUCAACUUAAAAAUACCCCCAAAUUUUUUUCUGCAAACAUUAACAUAGGAGACGCCUUAUUGUAGGUAUUUUGGUUCUGUGACUAUGCCUUUAUAUUCCUAACCAGUACAGUCAUUUAACAUAGUUAUGCUUGGAUAUUUUGCUUUAUUUGAAAUCUACUGUACUCACGAUACUUUUGAAUCAGUGUUGGAGGUGUUAAGUUUCCCCAGGAAGUUUGUAAAUUACUGCUGACUCACUUUGCAAUUCAUAAACCUAGCGAGUUUUUCCAUUUUGUUUCAUUUUACUUUCCAAAGAUCACGCUCAUGCAGUGAGUUAUACGCAACCACUAAAGGAGUUAAACAACUAUGUUUAGUGCUCUUGUAGAAAAGUAUAUUUUUUCUAAACAUUUUUGAUAUGCCUUCUGUUCUGAACUUUCCUCUCCGAGUUCCGUCUUUGGCUGACAUUAGUCAUGCGGCAAAUCGGGAGAGAACGAAAUGGAUAUCGGUGUCACUCAAGUCUCUCUGCCAAGUCCCAGACCAGAGGCCUGCUGUCAGAAUGAGGCAAUAAAGGGGCAGAUGGCUAAAUGCAAAUAAAUCUAAUUAUUUGACAAGGGAGGCUCAACAGGCUUGACUGGCUAAUUCUUUCCUAGUCACCUGGUUGGGCUUAUUUCCCUCCAGGCAUCAGAGGCUCACAAGAAGGUAAAGCUAUCAGUUGAACAAAUUGCGAACAGUUCCCUGCUGUAAGGGCAUAGCCAGUGUCAUCAAGAUUGGGGCUACUCACCCUGCCAGUCUUGGAGGAGUGCAAACAAGCUUUCAUGCUUUCUCGCUCAUUUGGAUGGACGCCUCAAGAAAAUAAGAAGUUGCAGGUGCAAACCUCAUCUAAUGGGAUGGGAAAGAAAUUGUUCCAGUUCCACUUACCUACAACUGAAGGCAGCCAAAAUGACUGGUGUGAGAGACUUCACUGAGGGCAGUCACCAAACUCUGGCAAGGGAUUAACGGCCAGAAAAGCUUAUCUUUCUUAGAUAAGACAUUUGAGGGAAGACCUGCAAGCGAAGAUGGCCGUUGGCAACGCUGUUCAGAUGCUCAAGCGCUUAGUACAGUGCUCAAGUGCUUAGUACAGUACUCUGCACACAGUAAGUGCUCAAUAAAUACAAUUGAAUUGAAUGAAGAUGUAGUUUCCUUGUUGGUCAAAAUCUCCAUGACAAUUGAAAAUGUUUCAUGUUAAAUCAUGUGUGUGAAUAGGCAUUGGAAUCAUGUAGGAGGCUGAGUACCAGUAUAAGCUGUGCAGAAUUUUAGAAUUGUAAUCUUUGGAACAACACGCAAAGUACAAAAUGUGUCAACAUUAUAUUAAAAAUGGUUUUAACCUCAAGUGUAUUUGAUAACCUUGCAUAUUCUAAACUUUGAAUUUAAUCUUGUUUUUAGAUUAAAGCACAAUAUGCUGUCAAAUCUGA